UUCACUCCAUACUCUUCCACAGUGAUACAAAGCUACCCUUCUUUUCAUUCUUCUCAAGCCCUAAUUUCUAAUUCAAUUCAAUCCUCAAAACCCUAAACAAAACCCCCAAAUUCUCUCUCUCUCUCUCUCUCUCUCUCUCUCUCUCUCUCUCUCUGUUCGCCAAUGGCUUCCUCAUCGAGCAGCGGCUUAACCUUCAAGCUCCACCCUCUCGUGAUCGUAAACAUCUCCGAUCACUACACGAGAGUCAAGUCUCAGAUGAACCCUACACUCGCUCCUCACAACAACACAACCAACAACGGCGCCGACGGCGUCGUUUCCUCCAUUCCACCUCGUGUGUUCGGCUGUGUAAUCGGUGUUCAGAAAGGUCGCACCGUUGAGAUAUUCAACAGCUUCGAACUUUUAUAUGAUCCGUCUACUCACUCGCUUGAUCGGCCUUUCCUUGAGAAGAAGCAAGAACUCUAUAAGAAGGUUUUUCCGCACUUCUACAUACUCGGAUGGUAUUCGACUGGGAGUGAUGCUGAGGAAUCUGAUAUGCAUAUUCACAAAGCUUUGAUGGAUAUCAAUGAAAGUCCAGUUUAUGUUCUUCUAAACCCUGCGAUCAAUCAUUCUCAGAAGGAUCUCCCUGUCAGUAUAUUUGAAAGUGAAUUGCAUGUCAUAGAUGGGAUUCCACAACUUAUCUUUGUUCGGUCAAGCUAUACUAUUGAGACUGUUGAAGCAGAACGGAUCUCAGUUGAUCAUGUUGCUCAUCUAAAGCCAUCUGAUGGUGGUUCAGCCGCUACGCAAUUGGCUGCUAACCUUACUGGUAUACACAGCGCCAUCAAAAUGCUUCAUAGCAGAAUAAAAGUGCUACAUCACUAUCUUCUUGCGAUGGAAAAAGGUGAUGUUCCUUGUGAGAAUUCACUAUUAAGGCAAGUGUCGAGUCUCUUGAGAAGAUUACCUGCUAUUGAAUCUGGGAAAUUUCAAGAUGAUUUUCUGAUGGAAUACAAUGACACCUUGUUGAUCAGUUACCUUGCCAUGCUGACCAACUGCUCAAGUGCAAUGAAUGAUUUGGUGGACAAGUUCGGUACCGCAUAUGAUAGACAUACCAGAAGAGGUGGACGAACUGCUUUCAUGUAAAUGUCCUUGUUGCUCAUAUCUAGUUGUCCUGCUGUGGACAAACCUUGAAGCACUUUUCCAACUCUUUAGGCACAGAUUUUUGUUUUCUUUCUUUACUCCUUAGGCAUUGGUUAUUAAAGCUUAGGGAGUGAAAAAUAUAUUGUGGAAAGUCACCAUAUUACCAUGCCCCAUUCUCCAAUGAAAAGAAAGUUGAGACAACAAUUCUGUUAGGCAACCAUCUUUCAUUUUCUUGUAUGCUGCCUUCUAAUUUAUUUUGCAUUUUAACAAUAGCUUAUUAUAUUAGCAAGUUUAGAUA